GGUCAGAUUUGGCAAUGUAAACAGAUUUCCAGGUGAACAUUUUCUCUACAGUCUUCAUCAUCAAGAUCAACUAUUUGUUCAAAUAAACUGAAAAAAUUCUUAGAGAUAGAUUCCAUUUCACACGUAUAGCAGUAGCAGAGUUUGUGUAUACCUGUAUUAAUAAAAAAAACUUAACUAUGGGAAAUGAAACAUCGCUUCCGAUGGAAAUGUGCUCCACUUUUGAUCCUGAUGAGAUCAAAAGGUUGGGGAAAAGGUUUCGCAAGCUGGAUUUGGAUAAUUCUGGAUCUCUUAGUGUAGAUGAAUUUAUGUCUCUUCCUGAAUUGCAGCAAAAUCCUUUAGUUCAACGUGUGAUAGAUAUAUUUGAUACAGAUGGUAAUGGAGAGGUUGAUUUCAAAGAGUUUAUUCAAGGAGUAUCUCAGUUUAGUGUUAAAGGAGACAAAGAAUCUAAACUCAGAUUUGCCUUUCGUAUUUAUGAUAUGGAUAAUGAUGGAUACAUAUCAAAUAGUGAACUGUUCCAAGUUCUGAAAAUGAUGGUUGGGAGUAAUUUGAAAGAUGUUCAGCUUCAGCAAAUAGUAGAUAAAACUAUUUUGUUUGCUGAUAAAGAUGAAGAUGGAAAAAUCUCAUUCCAGGAGUUCUGUGCUAUGGUUGGCAAUACUGACAUUCACAAGAAGAUGGUUGUCGAUGUCUGAAGUAACUACAUGUGCUAUUGCCUCUUCAUCAAAACUAUUAUACAUCUCUCCUCAUUUGUAGAUAGUGUAUGUACAGUUGAUUUUAUUGCUGCCUUGGUCUAUGCACUGAACUGUGUAUGUAGAUAUUAGUUUUAUAUAAACCUCGUAACAGAAAACAAAAUUAUACUGGCACAUAAGAUUUUGGGGUAAUAUCCGUAUUUUUGUGGUUUGAAUUAUAUGUUAUGUACAUAAAAUUAUUUAAAUUCAAGAAAAAAAUUAAAGAAUCUAUUUAUUAGAGGAUAAAUUUAUCUGUAUAUAGAGUGAAAAACUAUACAAAUCACUUUCAGUACAUUAUUUUAUAGAAAUAAAAUUCUAGUCUGUUUUGCAGUUAAGACUUUAAUUAGGUUUUGACAAAAUUUAAUCAAAAUAUCCUUUUUUUUUUUUUUUUUUCAUUUUUCCAAUUAGUGCAAUCAAAUAGUGCAAAAAUUUGAAUGAUAUCAAAUUAUUUUCUGUUAAAUUGUGUAUUUUUAUUUAUUCUUUUAAAUAAUGUAUUAUUAUGGAUGUUUAAAUUAACUAAUGUAUUAUUAUGGAUGUUUAAAUUAACUAAUGUAUUAUUAUGGAUGUGUUUAAAUUAACUAAGUUUUUAGAUCCUAAUAAAGAAUAAUAAUAAUACUUUGGGGGGAAAAUAAGUCUGAGAUUUGGAAGUACAACUUGUUUCAGUGCAUACUGUGUAAUAUUGGCCUUUCCCUCUGGCUUCUCAAUCAAAUCUCGUUACACACAUAGCUUAUAAAAAUCAUUUGGGUUGUUAGAUUUUUAAGAAUUUUGAGCGUGACAAAUAAUGUUUUUUUUUUAAUUUAUUUAUUUUUCAGUUUGUUUGGAGUGAUUUUUUUUCUAAAUUUUAUUGAUUUAUAUCUUCCACUAUAGCUCAAUCUGUAAACUUCCUCUGAAAGAUAUUUCAUAUAACCAUUUUUACCUUCUGUAUGAAAUAUUUAAGAGCAAAGUUCUCUUCUCUCUCACCAACAGUAAUUUUUGCUGUGAAUAAUAUUGCCUUUAGAAGCUACACGAUAACGAGUUGCAUGGAAAUAUUGCUUUGGAAGCUAACUGAAAAACAGUUUAUCAUCUAUUUAGAGUGUUAUUGUCUUGUGCUGUUUGAAUCAUGUUGAGUUUUUGAAUGUAAUGCUUUGCACUUUUAACAUUUGAAUGUAUCUGGAGCGUGUUUUGGAUAAUUAAUUCCAUGUAUUAUUAUUUUAAUUGUUUUUCAGUGUUUGAUCUCAUGAGUAAUUGUUUCCACAUUUUGUGCGAAAUAUAUUUUUUCCCGUAACUUUUUCUUUUUCAUUUUAUGCUUCUUUGAUUUAUUAUUAUUUUUUUUAAUGUUUUGUUUUGUUAAAUCUGAUUAAUAUUGGUUUCACUAAUUGUGCAAAGGCAAUGGAAAUUAUUAUUCUUUAAUCAAUUUAUUAUUUACUGUGAUAAAUUGUUGUGCAACUUUUCUUAAAAGGAAUGUUAUAAUUGUGCUAUAUUAACAUUAUUAAAUAUUUAUGAAUUACAAUAAUUGUUUGAAAUUAAUUAUUGAAAAAUUGAAAUUAUUAGAUUCUAAUGAAUAUUGAAAUUUAGUUACAAAUGAUGACAGUGCUGAAUCAGUAUUUUGCCUUUACACAAUCAAAAUUUUAUUUAGAAUUGCUUCUACUGCUUUCAGGCUUUUGUUUUUUGUUUUGCAGUUAUUCAAUGUGUAUGUGUGACAUAAUUUUUUUUAAUAACCACAGGAAUUUAUUUUCCGGAGUGUGAACUCCUUUUGAAUGUUAGUAAAAUUCAGGAAGCACGAUAAAAGAUUUCGGUGUAGUCACUAUCUUUUUAUACAUAUACUAUAGGCACUCUAAGUAGUAAAUUUAAAAUUAAAAGCAUUUUAUUUCAAUCUUUAAUUAGCAAUGAAAUACAUUUAUCUCUGUAUACACAAUAAGAUUAUUUGUAAAUAAAGUUCUAUAUGAAACAAA